GGGUCGGAUCACAUUCGUUGAGAAAAGUCCCAACCCCUUUCUAGGUCAAGAAAAAUCAAUUGUCAGUUCAGCCGUCACUGCCACGAGAAGGGCGAUGGAAGAAACGCAAAGACAAGUGAGACUUGUUGAUUAUGAUUGGUCUGGUCUUCGAACGAUAAAUUUCCAUGAAAUUCAUGAGACCCACUAUCUUAAUGACUCCCAUUUUCCCCAGAAAAAGCAAGACGAAAUCCCCAGGUUGACUUGCAGAAAAACAGUCUUCUUAUUUGAAAAGCCGGCUUUCGCUAUGAUCACUAGCACCUCUGAGCGACAAUUUCAGCUGUUUGAAGGUCUUUUCUUUUUUAUCUGGUUUUCCUAGUGAGCUUGAGCCUCUGUAUCUUGAAUGGCGGUCAUCGUAGAAGCACUGUUUCACAGGCAACGAUUCCUCUAACAAGUUGUGCAUCAAAUAGGUGGUAGGGCUGGUUGACAAGUGCUGGGGAAUCCGGAUAGAAGAUUUGAUUUAGGCGUAUCUUUCAUGAUGGAGUUCAUUCCGAUGGGAGCCAUCUUAACUGUGCUCACUAGCCAGGUCAUGAAAACAGCUCAAGCUGCAAAGGAUGUUAUUUUUGAGAAGGAGAGUUUCAAGGUUCUUUCGGAGCAUCUUUUUGACAUCGAGAGAGUCUUGACAGAAUUGCAACUCCAAAAUAUUAAUGAUUCGCAAGCCACGAGACAAGCCUUGGAAUUCCUUGAAGCUGAUGUCAAGAGGGCAAAUAACUUGGUUGAGAAGUACAAAAACCGGGCCCCAUUCUAUUUGCUGGUCAAGUGCCGGCACAUUGUCAAGGAGGUGCAAGAUGUCACGAGGGAAAUAGGAAGGUCUUUGGCUGCUUUAUCCCUUGCAAAUGUGGAGGUUCUGUCGGGGAUAUCAGAGCAGGUGAAUAGGUUACAGAACGAGAUGCAAAGCGCAGAAUUUGAAGCUUCUCAAAACCGAGUACAAAUUGUUGACAAGUUGAAUCAGGGUCUUACAGACCAGAAACUUGACCAUGGUUUUGCAAACGAUAUCCUCAAAGAAAUAGCAAAGGCAGUUGGGGUCCCAGUGGAGCCCUCGGAGAUAAGCAAAGAGCUAGCAAGCUUCAGACGGGAAAAGGAAGAAGCUGCCGAUAGGAAAGAAAAGGCUGAAGUUUUCUUCCUGGAGCAGGUUAUUGAGCUCCUUUCUCAGGCAGAUGCUGCAAGAGAUUACGAGGAAAUCAAGAAGCAGUACUUCCAACGGCUUCAGUUUAUAGAAAGACUCGAUCCAAGAGAAGAAUAUAUUCAGCCAUAUAAAGCUUUCAUUUGUUGUAUAACUGGAAAUGUGAUGAACGAUCCUGUGAGCCUCUGUACCGGCACUGCAUGUGAGAGGACAGCCCUUGAAGCCAGGUUCGAGCGUGGUGAGAAAACUGAUCCAGAAACUGGUGCUCUCCUCGAGGAUUUUUCUUAUAGGUCUAACAUUCAAGUGAGACAAUCAAUUCAAGAGUGGAAAGAACUUAAUUAUUGUCUCAAAAUCAGAUCCUGCAACGCAAAACUCCUUUCAGGCCAGGACCCAUCUGUGGAAGAGGCUCUAAACCAAAUGCAGGAGCUUAUGAUCGAGAAUUCUAUUAACAAAGAUUGGAUCUCCAUUGGAGGCCUUACUGAUAUGGUUGUCUUGAUCCUUGGAAGAACAAAUAACAGAGGGGUGAAAGAAAAAUUACUAAUUACAUUGAAGGAUAUCGUGGAAGGUAAUCCAAGAAAUAAGGAUAAGGUGGUUGAGUCGCAGGGGUUCGAUCACGUCAUUCCAUGCUUAGGGGCUGACUCGAGCCUAUCAAAGGCGGCAGUUGAGUUGCUAUACGAGUUACUGCAAAACAGACCUGGUUGGGAUGCAUCUGUUUGCAGGAAGUUUUUGCAGCAACGUAGCACAAUCCAUGCCCUUGUUACCCUCCUUAAGACUCCAGUCACGGAAACAGCAGAGAAAGCAGAAGAAAUCUUGAUGAAGCUUUGUGAUGAAGAUGAGAACAUUGUUCAUGCUGCCGAGGCAGAGUGGUACAAACCGCUUAUUGAUCGUAUAAUUCAAGGGUCCAAGUCAUCAAGAAUAUCAAUGGUGAGAGCACUUGUCAGCAUGGAACUGGGUGAACAGCAUAUCCAGCUACUUGGUGAAGCGGGGAUCAUACCUCCUUUGCUUGAAAUGGCGUCUGGCAAUUUUGAAUCAAAAGAAUUGUCUUUAUCCGCAUUGCUUAAGCUCUCAGGCUGCCAUGAAAACAAAAGGCUCAUUGCUGAUGCUGGUGGGGUUCCAAUGCUCCUGGAAUUGAUGUUCUCGUUUCAUUUAAGCACAAUUAUAAUUGCAAAAUCUUCUGAAGUCCUUGAGAAACUCACUUCUAAUGGUGAUGGAACAAAGUUCUUUGUGGAUGGAACUGCAAAGCAACUUGAAUUAGAGCCAAUAAUCACCAACUUGUUAGCUUUUCAGCAGAAUCCCCACUGGUCUUACACCGUCAGAAGGCCUGCCCUGCUUACUCUUCUUGGAAUUUGUCAAUCUGAAGCUGGGCUUGUUAAGACGGCUGUUCUCACUUCAAAUGGUGGUUCGCUGAUCCUUCCUCUUCUUGACGACUCUGACCUUGUAAUCCGUGAAACUGCAUUGAGUCUUCUCUUUCUCUUCUCACAACAUGAACCGGAAGGAGUUGUUGAAUACCUGCUGAGGCCAAGAAGGCUGGAGGCAUUAGUUGGUUUUCUUGAGAACAGCAAGAACAGCGAUGUACAAAUGGCUGCAGCUGGUUUACUAGCCAAUCUUCCAAAAUCAGUAGAAUCACUCACGAAGAAAUUAAUAGAAAUGGAUGGUUUAAGGGCGAUCGUUGACAUCUUGAGAACUGGAACCAUGGGGGCAAAAGAAAAUGCUUUAAGUGCUCUGUUCAGGUUUGCAGAUCCUACCAAUCUGGAGUCACAGCGGAAAGUGGUUGAACUUGGUGCGUACCCUUUGCUAGUGGAUUUUCUUGAGUCUGGUUCAGUGACAUCAAAGGCAAGAGCAGCUGCUCUCAUUGGUAAUCUGUCUAUGAGUACCCUAAAGCUUACUAUUCGGACGACAAAAGAAGUUGGCUGCUGGUUUUUUCGCCGUGCACGUGACCGUUUAUGCUCAGCCCAUGGAGGCACCUGCAGUGUCGCCACCACGUUUUGUAUGUUGGAGGCAAAGGCGUUGCCUAAACUGGUGAAUCUCUUACAAGAAAAAGUUCAUGCUACAACAUAUGAAGUAAUUCAGGCACUUUCAACCCUGGUUCGAGAAGAGCCCCCUCACCGAGGGGCCAAUGUCCUCCAUCAAGCCAAGGCCAUUCAACCCAUAUUGGAGGUUUUGACGUGGGGAACUGUAUCCCUGAAGGAAGAGGCUUUGCGGCUCUUGGCGAAAGUUUUCCGGUCGAGGGAAAUGGUGGACUGUUACGGAGCAGAAGCAAGGUUAGCUCUUGUUUAUCUGGCUGAAAACUACAUAAAUGAGGGUGGCCAUCUUCAAAUAAAUGUAGCUAUCGUCUUAUCACUGAUCGAACGUUAUUCAAGGUCAUCAAGAUCUCUAGUUGUAGGACAAAGUAGAUGAAAAUUGUUAUGAUCACAAUGACAAUGAGGCUGACUCGAUUAAGCUUCCCUAUAAGUAGUUGUCAACUCUCCAAUGGAUCAGGCGCACACAUUUGGUACGAUA